AUGGCGACCGACGCGCCAGACCCACGAACCUUCGAGUCAUGGGAAGACGCGUUCCAAUAUCCCAUACCCGUAGUCCGUAAGCUCGAACAGCAACUCCGCAACAAUGCCGACGAGAAUCGGGAGAAGCUGCGGUCCCUCGUUGGGGCGAGUUAUCGCAGUCUCCUCGACACGGCCGAAACGAUCAUCGAUAUGGAAGUGCGCAUGGAGCAGGUCGAAAGUAGGCUUUCAAGAGUAGGGCAGAGUUGCAACUCGCGAAGGCUGGACAAGAUAACGAACAAUGCGGGCAAGAUGGAUACCCAUACACGAAGUCGCGAUGCGGAGCGCUAUACUUUCGCAUCCCAGCUCUCAGUCAUGCGCAAUGCGCCGGUGGUCAUGACGCGCCUCAUGAAAACAGGAGGAUCAUAUCUGCUCAUUGCAAAAGUCCUGGUCAUCUCGAGACUACUCCACAAGUCGCUGCUCAGUCAGCCCAGCCACAAGGCGCCCAUUGUUGAUCAGCUGUGGGAGAGACUGCUGUCGGUACGGAGAAAGCUUCUUAGAAGGAUUGACAAGCGUCUGUCGAGUACACAAGGAGAGACAGCGAGCCUGGUGGAAAGCAUGUGUGCGAUGCGGCUGGAGAAGAUGAACAGCGAGCUUAGGGCUGGGAGUGAUGAACUUGCGAAGCAUGGCAUUAGUGCGCUCAAGCUUUGUAUACAGACAUGUCUCGAUACACAAACCAUCUUUCCGCGACGCUUAGCAGAAGCUUUGAGCAAGCUGAAGGCGCACCCGCUGAUACAAGACCCCGACAUUCGCGGUCUAUACGAGCUAAACCUGGACGUACACGAUCGAUGGCUAGGCGAUGAAGCUCGGAACUACACGCCAUGGCCGCGACACGACGAGCUGCAGCGACCGGAAGCAGAGCGCAUCUUGCACCGCUGGUCCAAGGACGUCAUCGUCGCUUUCCUCAAAGGUAUACAGAAAGCAUUAGAGCAAGAAGAACGGCUCAAAGAAGUUGCGGACUUGAGACAAGAGCUGAUUGAGACUUGGAUACUGUCUGGUUCGCGAAUGGCGGGUGUUAAGUCAGCCAACGUUCUCGAUGAUUUACGAGACACGAUGAAUGACAAAUUGGAGACUAUAGUGCGAUCCCGUACGAAUGGGUUACAGGAUGUCGUUGCCGAGCUUUCGAAUCAGCUGGACGCAGUGUCCUCGUCAGACAAAGCCGUGGCGCUUUCACUCUGGGACACGACGACCAAAGCAUCAGAUUUGAGCAAUGGUGCGCAAAUCUUCAAAUCUACCAUACUCAACACCUAUCAAGGGCGUGACGAGUCUGUUACUGGUGUGACGUCCGCUUUUGACAAGUGGAUGGAGUCUGUGUUGGAAGUCAAGGGCAUUGUCAAGAGCAUGAAAGAAGCACGAUGGGACGAUACCUUCGCAGACGACGUUGACGAUGAAUCCGACGAUGAGCUUGGAGAUUCGAAACAAGCGCUACUUAGUGACGACGAUCCGAAGUUGCUUGAAGAAGCUACACAAGAAGCCUUGAGCGAAGCUAUGCAGAACCUGAGUCAGAGCUUCAACACUAUCGUCAAGAAAUCCGAUGGCGAACAAUCAACGCAAAAGGCGGCAUUUAUGCUUCGCGUGGUUAGAGAAAUCGGCGAUCGGAUACCACGUUUAAGACUCCAGGAUAAGGCAACACCGCUCGCAUCGCCGUUCACUUCUGAAAGUCUUCAGCCUCUGCAUACUACGCUGGCUUUGUGUGUAACCCAGCCCACUGUAGAGGCUUACAGGGCGUCGCUUUUAGGUUCUCUCAAAGUCAAAACGAACAGCCAUAUCCUGUGGGAAGGACAUCCACCACUACCAAGCCAGCCAUCACCUAGCGCGUUUAGAUUUUUGCGCACGCUGAACAAGAAUAUGGGAGCCCUUGGCAGCGAUCUUUGGGCACCUGGUAGUGUUCAGGUAUUGAGAAGUGGGGUGGCCGACAAAGUAGUCGAAACAGUUCAAGAGCAUCUUGAUGCCAUUGACGUAUAUGCGAAAGAGCAGAGCGCUCCUGAUGAGGAUACAAGCGAGGAAAAGAAGGAAGACGAAAAUUCUACAACGACAGAUAAGACCGAGAAACCGAAACUCACUGUAUCAACGUCGAACCACAUUGAGGCAAAGGAGCAGAGAGUCAAGCAACUACUGUUCGAUCUUCUGUAUAUCCAGCGCUUCGUCAGUAACACGGGCGAGGACGAUGACAGGUUCGCAUCGCUUGCUAAGAAGACAAACCUAGCGGACCUGGAUGAAGCCGCAGUGAACAGGCUGAGGAAGACUGCAGCGGAUUAUGCGAAGAAGACGUACCUCCUCUUCGCGUUGUUAGCUUAG